AUGUCGCUCAUAGUCACGUUGUUCGUGGUGACAUUGGUUAGCCAGUGCUGGACCACACCACAGCGGAGGAACUGGACGCCUCAGGCCAUCUUAUACCUAAAGGGAGCACAGGGACACCGCUCAGUGUUGGAGCGAGCCAGCAGAGACAAAGAUGACACUUUACAUUUAGCGACUCACAAACAGAGCAGUGAUGGACUGGGGUUGUCUUGGGCUUCAUCCCUGCUUCUGGAGCUCGUGCAGCUAGCCAUGGAAGAAGGUGGACGCAAAUUAGAUAAUUACCCAAAUGAAGAAGAGCUGAAUUUGAACUAUUUCUGA